ACUCCAGCCGCUCUGCUCCCCAAAAAUGGCGCCUCCCCACGAAGACCUCACCCGCCUCCUCGCCGAACUAGCCGCCCGCCUCUCCCGGACACCCGCCGGCGGCGUCGGUGGCGCUGCUUCCACCACCGUUGCGGACAGCCUCUCGGCCUCCAUCUCCUCCCUCGCCGCCACCCUCGACCCCGGCCGCGGCGGCGGCUCCUCAUCCGGAACCAGGGUUCUGGACGCCGCGCUCUCCCUCAUGUGCUUCGACCCACUAGAGGUGGGUAGGGCUCGCGUCGACUGCCUGGUCCGCACCAUCGUCUCCGCGCUCUCCGCGUCGGUCUCGUGCCGGGUGGUCCGGCCCGAAGGGGGCGCCGGCGACGAGAUGCUCUGCGUUGGGAGCUCGGUUUCGCCGGUGGACUGCCGCGAGCUGGUCCACUCAUGUGCAGCCCUUAUGCAGAAAUUGGGGGACUUUGAUGUUGCAAGGCAUUCUUAUGAUCUAUUAUACGCUGUUACGAAAACGGCAGUGUUAUCCCCAUGUUAUCGUUAUCUUUUCCCUUUACCAUAUUAUGGAGAAGAGGGGGAAAAUGUAUAUGAUAUGGGAACCAUUGCUGCGGAAUUAACGAAUCAUUCAUCUCAUCAAGUGCUUCCUAGUGAUCACUCAAUCCCACUGAGGGUGCUUUUAUGGCAUCUGGAUCCAUCAAUUAUUAAGCAUGAUCUCUCAGUGAUGCUCCAGGAAGCAAUUAGAAGGCCAUUUCUUUGCCUGAGAAAGGAAUUGCAUGGUCGGAUGGAAUGGCGUGUCAUUGUAAUUUGCCUAGUUUGCUCCCCAUCUAUGUUUAUGGAGAUGAGAUCAUUAUUUCAUUUCUGGUUUCUUGCAACGGGUCUAGGUUCUGUGCUAGAACUUCACAAUGCGGUGGUAUCAUCAGUAUUAGACAUUCUUCUCAAGCCAAUGUCAUGGGGAAUAUCCAUAGAACUGGGACAGAAAUUUCCUUUUUCCCAUGCUUAUUUCCCAAGCCAACAAAGUGAUUUGCUUGCGAUACUAACUGGACCCUUAUCAUGUAAAAUUUUUUUGGACCUAGUUUCUUAUAUCAAUGCCUUGGUUCAUUUGGAAAAAACAAGAACCAGUCACUCUUCGCAGAAGAACUUACAACUACAACCAUCGAAGGGAUUGCUAAAAUAUAAUUCUGCUUGGUCCAUGAUUAUAAGUUUCCCUGUUUGGUUCCAUUUUGCGACUGCUUUACUUUUCCAUCGAGAAGGUUCACAAGAUUAUUUAUCUGAAACAUUAUCCAAGGAGAUAAUUGCUGAAUCAAUAAGUGAUGUCAGUCUUGCUCAGAGGGCAGCCUUUUACCUUUCUUGGGUGCUAUGCCCUUCUAGUGAUGAUCAAUGCCAAAUGUUGGCUAACAAUAUGUUGGAGUUAUCACAUUCUUGGGUUAGGAACAACAAAAAACGCCCAAGCUACCAUACUUGUACUGUAAAUCAUAGGGGGAAACUGCGAAUACCCACAGCUGGGGACUCAGAGAAACUCCAUGUGCCAACCAACUCUGUAAGCUCCCUGAUUAAAGAAUUUGAUGAUCGUUGUGUAAAAUUUUGUACCAUAACUGCCAUUCCUCAAGUGCAAACUGAAGAACGAUCAGACUUCCGUCCCACAUGCCAUAAUCUGUUACAUUUGUGGAUUCCUCUAGGAGUAUUGCUUGUGUCAUCUAGUUGUGUUAACGAGCAGAGUUGUGACAUGCUUCUGCGCUACACAAGCACUGGGCAGGUUCUGGAGUCAAAUGAGGUGCAGGUAAAAACAAAAGAUCAUGUCAACAAUUAUGGUUUCUCAGCCAGUUGCAGAGGUAUUAUUGAAAGAUGGGCUUUGAGUGGUGUAUAUCUCAUCUUUGGCUGGCUUGAUAUUGUUGAGGAUAUGUCUUCAGUGAUAUUUGAUUGUGAAGAUACAGGCCAUCGUUUUGUCAGUCAACUCAGAACCAAGACAGGCCCAUACCUGCUCAAGUGUGUAAAGUUAUUACUUGAAAUGCUCGAUGAGGCAGAUCAAGAUAGAGAUUUUGUAAGUGAUCUUCAUGAUAGGUUGUUGAACUGGAACAAGAAUGGACAGUGCUGUGAGGCAUUUAAGGAUGUUAUACUUCAAAUGAAUAAAAAGUUUAAUCUUCCUUGUUAGCAGUGACCAGAGAUUUUAUCCAGCUAUUGAAUAUUUGAAUGUCUAAAUUGGUUCUCAAUCUCCAUUUUUAUGGUUAUGGCAAUAUGGUUGGAGGCACAAUAAUGUGAACUGUUGAGUUGAACCAGAUCCAUUUCAGCUAACGAUCAUUUCCCAUCCAGUUUGAUCAAUACUCCAUCAUGGUCAGAGGACUCAUUUAGACAUUGAUAGAGGGUGGGCCUUAACUGACAGGCAGUUCAAUUGCACCAGCGGAUCAAUGCCAUGGCUCGAGAUUUACAUGAUAUACUCCUACUUGACCAAAUCCAUGAUAGCGCCAACUAUGGUGCAUGACUGAACUUCCUUCAGAGCAAGGUCGACUGGUUCUCAUAAAAGGAAAUGUCAAGCACGUGCAGGAUCACACUUGGUGUGCCAUGCUUGUGAUCAGAGUUCCAUCCUCUCGUUUCUUGUUGCUGCAGUCAGUGAUACAACCUUAUGUUAAGAAAU